AUGUUUGGACGGCCAAGACCGACAGUGGUGCGUAGAGCAGCAAAGGCCAUUGGCUGGCGGCUGGGGGCCCUGCUGUGCCGGUGUAAGUUGUCGGGUGCUUUGAUAUGCAAGGCGGCCUAUUGCGAUGCGCUCAGCCUGCUCCACGUCAAGACAAGAUUCCAAUUCCAAACGCCGCACCUGUACUGCUACUUGGUGCCUGAGAGCGGUCUUGUGUCUCGCAGCUCUGGGUGGAGGAGAGACGCAGAGCAGCAGCUGGUACCGGUACACACACGCUCAGAGCUCAAAAACGCCGCGCCAGCCGCAGCAAAUGCCGAGCAGCCAGCCCGUCUGCGGGCGCCCUCUGAGGUCUCGACCCGAGACAAUGAUCUGCCAAAUUGCCGGCUCUUCAAUGAAUGGGUUCAAGCCCAGGAGGCCCAGGAGGCCCGGCAAGCCCAGGAAGCCCAGCAAGCCCGGGAAGCCGAGGGCGAAGAGGAAGACCAAGUGGAUGGGUUCGACAUUGACCGCUGGCCUCAAGGACCACCCUGGGACACUCAGACCGACUCGGAUGACAACUCCGACUCUGAGUUUGGCUGGGGCGACUGUGACGGCAAUCACCCUGAUGGCGAGCACUGUGAGAUCUGUGCAUCCUCCUUUGACUGUUACUGUGAUGAGUGCUACGACAAUGGCGCGUACGCUGGCGAGGAGAGUUACCACUACUACUACCGCUUGUUCUACUGGUACUACUACUUUUUCUACAUGGACUACUACGGCGCUCACUACGCUGAGCGAGCUACUCGUGGAUCUCAGUCCCGCCACGACCGCGAUGACUACUUGUAG